GUCAGGGCCAGCCACCAGGUGAGGAUGCAGAGGCUGCGCUCGACCUUCAAGAGGUCACGCACACCAACUGGGGCAGAAAUGAAGUCGCAAUCGAGCCUCGAGGUGCCGAAGCAGGUCAGAUCAGCUUCCUUCGACGAAAUCCAGUUGGAAGCAACACGCCAUGACGAUAACAGAGAUCUUAGGCAAAAAGCGUCAUCAUCAUCAUCUUGUUCACCAGUAAGAUCCCAGGACUUAUCAAGAAGGAUCAACACUUUAAGAGUCCCGCAAUUACAGAGUGGUCAAAGGUCAAAGAGUUUCGAUGUUUGCGAGAGGACCUUCUUCCAGGAUAGACCACUGGUCAAGAAGCCAGAGACACCUAUUAUCCAGGUUUCUGGCUGUUAUCAUUGUGCCUGUGUUGAAGAGUACAAGAACCUCUACAGAAGUAGAGAUGAUGAUGAUUCUUCGAAAGAUGAUGAGGCUGAUGAUGAGGAGAUGUCAGAGAUCAUCCAAGUUACGGAGGCUGAAGAUGAGGCUAGUGGUGAUUCAAGAAGGGGAGAAAGUCCGGAAAUUAGGGUAACGCUGAUGACUUAUUCGGAGAGAACAUCUUCUGAAGGUGAACCAGAUUCUUAUGAAUUCGGAGAAGGAAUUGAAGUAGCUCCUAGAGAGAGGAGAAGAUCGAUUGGAAGGCUUUCGAGACAAGAAGCUCUUACCUCUUUUCCGUUGGAAUUUCCGGUGGUUGCUGGGUCUAAUGAUGAGGAUGAUGAUGACGAUGAUGAGGAGGAAAAUAACGAGGCUGACGAUAAGAGUAAACUUGUGGUUCGGGAUAUUUUCUUGACUGUUCCGGAAUUGAAGAGGGAUCGAGCUGCUUCGGUGGACUCCUGUUUUAAUAAUAGUAAAAAUGCGAAAAGUGACGGUUGCGAUUCUUUGGUCGUACCCCAGCAGAGCACCAGAUCCAAGAGUGUCGACAUCGUCCUGCCGACGGAUAUCCAGACGAGAUAUACUGCUCUUCUACCAGGGAACGAGGCUUUUAGAGGCGGGAGAGAGGAGGGCGCAGGUAGUAGCCAAAGAGAACUGCGAUCCACACCGGACUGGGGUCCAAGUGCCGUAAACGGAGAGCACCUUUGGGCACCAACCGCAGCAUCUGGUGAUUUUUGUUACGUCAAUGACUGCUCGAAACAUGGACCACGUCUGAAGUGUGCAGCCUGUAGAGUCGUGGCCCACAUGCUCUGCGUUGAAAAUCUGAAUUUUGAAUGCAAAUCAAGUUUCCGGGACGUAGGUGUUCGACAAUAUCGAGAGCAAACUCAAACCCACCAUCACUGGGUCCACCGACGAUCCCAGAAGGACAAGUGCUCUAACUGUGCCAAGUCAUUCCAGUCAAAAUUGAGCUUUUCUUCAAAAGAAAUAGUAGCAGUCUGCUGCAGUUGGUGCAAAACUGCAUAUCACAAUAAAGAGUCCUGUUUCAAUGUAGAGAGGAUCGGUGAAAAUUGUGAGUUGGGCACACAAUCCUCAAUUAUUGUCCCUCCAUCUUGGAUAGUCAAACUACCAAGGAAGGGGAGCUUCAAGAGCAGUCUUCGAAAAUCUCCCAGAAAGAAAAAAUCUACAGGAGGGUACGCUGGUGCCUCCAGUCGAAGAAAAACAAAAGACAAGGAAAAGGACGAAAAGGCCGAAGGAAAAUUUUGGGUUGUGAAACCAAUUCCUACGACCACUGUCAAGCCAGUUAUAGUAUUCAUUAAUCCGAAGUCGGGCGGCAACCAAGGAGCAAAGCUUCUACAAAAAUUCCAGUGGCUUCUGAAUCCUAGGCAGGUUUUCGAUUUGACUCAAGGUGGACCAAAGAUGGGCUUGGAGCUUUUCCAAAAGACUCCGAAUCUUCGAGUCCUCGCCUGCGGCGGUGAUGGAACUGUAGGAUGGGUUCUUUCAGUUUUGGAUCAAAUUGGUGUUUCUCCAUCACCAGCAGUGGGUGUUCUUCCCCUAGGUACCGGAAACGACCUUGCGAGGGCCUUAGGCUGGGGAGGAGGAUACACAGAUGAACCAAUCAGCAAAAUUUUGAGCAAUAUCGGCGACAGCGAAACAAUCCUACUUGACAGGUGGCAGUUGACAGUCGAGAGAAAUCCGGAUGCUAAGGGCGAUGAAGACGCUAGUAAGGGCAAAGAGAACCUUCCCUUGAAUGUGGUUAACAACUAUUAUUCCCUUGGGGUUGAUGCUCACAUCGCUCUCGAAUUCCACGAGGCUAGAGAGGCUCAUCCGGAGAAGUUCAACUCAAGACUGCGGAAUAAGAUGUUCUAUGGUCAAAUGGGAGGGAAGGACUUGGUGCGUCGAAAGUGGAAGGACCUUUCUGAAUUCGUGACGUUGGAAUGUGAUGGAACAGACAUGACUUCGAAGUUAAAAGAACAUCGAGUGCACGCUAUAGUUUUCUUGAAUAUCGGCUCUUACGGAGGUGGAACGCAUCCCUGGGGAGGUGGAAUCGGAUGUAAAGAACCAUCAACUGAGGAUGGGCUGAUUGAGGUCGUGGGGUUGACGACGUAUCAGCUUCCUCUUCUCCAGGCUGGUGGACAUGGAACGUGUAUUGCGCAGUGCAGCAAGGCUAAACUUGUCACGACUAGGACCAUUCCGAUGCAGGUGGAUGGGGAAGCUUGUCGCCUGCUGCCAUCAAUCAUCACCAUGAGCUUACUCAACAAAGCGACGAUGUUGGCCAAGAGAAGGAGUUCCGGAAAACCUCAUCAGGACGUGGCCAAGUUGGAGAGGCUGAAGCUUCCAGUUAUGAAGAUCAAGAUGUCUGACUAUGAAAGCUUUCACUCUGACAAAGAAAGAUUGAAGAAAUCAGCAAUUCCGUGGUUGACGGAUCCUUUGGAUUUGGAUGCCGCAAUGGAUCUGGAGUCUUUGAGGAAAUUUUUGGCAAAAGAUCAUUCUAUGGAGUCCUGUUGCUUCUUGGACUCUUGCACUGCUGAGAGAUUUUUUAGGAUAGACAGAGCUCAAGAACAAUUGCACUAUGUCACUGACGUUGCUGUUGAUACUGUCUAUGUUCUCGAGGAAAGUUCUUCCCAGCAAGGUUCUCAAGAACCUUCAAACCGAAAUCAAAGUUCCCCAACCUCCCUGCGUUUGUCAAGCGAAGAUCGUCUUAGAGCUAGUCUACCCUUAACAACUGAGGUGUUGCGUCCCGAAAGUCGUUCCCGUGAGCCAUCAAUAUCAGAUCCGACUCAUGAAAGUGGAAGAUCACAUUCUAGACAGGAAUCAAUUUCAAAAAUGGAAUCAGUCUCGAAAAUUAGGAAUUCAAGUAGACCAGUUUCUAGAAAUUCGCAACUGAGGUCUGUGGAUUAUGAAAAUGAAGAUAUAUUUCCCCAGGGACCUUCUAAGCAAAAUUCCUCCCAGUCAAUAACUUUAGCGUCUGCUGGUCAGUCGCAUAGUGAAACUUCCUUCAUCACCCCUCAAGAUAGACUCUUUGGCCUAGAAUCAGAAGUUCACAUGUUCAGCUCAGGAGUCUUGAACCAGAACCACGAUGAUAUCAUUCUAGCAGGGAAAAUGGGGGAUCUUACUGCUUUGAAAGAACUUCACCAUCAGGGAUAUUCUCUUAUGACAACGGAUGCAAAUGGACAAACAGCCCUUCACCUGGCUGCCAGUCUUGGUUAUAAAGAUGUCGUUAGGUACCUGAUAGCCUGUGCUCCUACAAACAUUAUCAACAUGACUGAUAAGGAGAAAGGGCAGACUGCACUUCACAAAGCAGCUCAAAAUAAAUUCCGUUCAAUUUGCUGUAUGCUCGUAGCAAGUGGUGCAAAUUUGACUAUUCAAGAUCGAAAAGGCAAUACACCAAGACACGAAGCUUUGAUGGCUGACGAUAGUGAACUCGCGGACUACCUUUAUAGUCAGGAACAAUUUCAGCUGGUAACGGAGGACAUGGAUAAUCCUACAUGACCUCGAGAAAUGUACGCGCAGGCGUAAACCGAAAACGGCCAUGAAGAAUAGGUUCAAUUAAGAUUUUCGAAUUUUUCAGCGUUCGUCGCAAUUUAAUUCAAGAGUGGUAAACACACGUGAUAAUCCGAAUCUUUAAACACGUUUCAAAGGCUCUUUUAGCCUCUCGGUAAGGCAGUGGUCUCAUUAUAGAUAAUCUCGUACAGAGAGAAGACGAACUUGGUAAUUUUUCAAUCGCUAACGAACUACGUAUAACGCAUACACGUAUUUCAAUAACAUAAAUCGUACAUGUUUCCUCUUAAGAUUCACAACUUAUUUCAGAAAUUAACUCUCAGCGAGAAUCUUAAGCCCGACACAAUGUCAGUUAAAUUCACAACGAAGAACUAAUCUUUGCCUAAGAGUUUCUCCAAAAAGAAAUGUCCCUAAAUUGGGGUAAUGAUACACUUGCAGGUUUGUCCCGGUUUGGGAUAAAUUUCAAAGUUUGAAAAUUCUUCGUCACGAGACUUUAUGGAUUUAUUAGCCCCUAAUUUAAAAUACAAAAAUCGGCGACUCUCGAUUUUUGUGAGCUGCAACUCGUCAUAAAAAAAGCUCAGCUGACUCUGAUGAAGGAGCAGUCUGCGACUCGUCCUCAUAUCUGCUUCACGGCGUGAUCCUAUACACGAUCACCAGCGCACUUUUACCUCUCUAGUCUUUUCCUUACUGUCCUACCUGUCAUUUUUUAAACUUUUAACAUUUUUUUUGUAAAAAAACUACUAUACGUACAAUUUGAUCAUAAAACUUACACUAUCACGUUGGUCUUGCUUUCCUGCUAGAAGUGUUUCAAAGGACUGUGAGUUUCUGUGUAUAUUUCGAGAGAAGUAUUUCAAAGAAAUUUUUAAUCACUAGCAAAUAAGGAGGUCUCUUCAAACCAAGGUUAUUAUUAAUUCAUGUGCAUAUUGGAUGGGAAAAUAAGUCUGUACAGUUUUUGGUAGACAGUAGAUCAUUAUUAUUUGCAUUGAGAAAACAAAGUUUAAUCGAUUACGUAAUUUCCAUUACCCUGUAUGACCUUUUGCGAUAUUUUCUUCAACUUUAUUAUUCAGAGUUCAUAAAAAGUCUGGGGCUUUUCGAAUACAAAAACCGAUUCAGUUGAUUUUUGAUCCUCUCCACAUGAGUGCAGGUAUUUCAAUUCAAGGAAAAAAGCUACCUGAAAAAAAGGUUAGGCCUUGACAAUGAUGUUCUUCCUCAUUCUCCAUAUUGAUAUGACAUAGCACCCUCUAUUUUUCAUUUAUUCCGAUCGUUACAAAAUUCCCUGAAUGGAAAAAUCUUCACUAAAGAGGAGAUUGUCGAAAAUCACCUAAAUCGGGUUCUCAACAAAAAGCCCCAGACUUUUUGCGAAUGCGGUAUAAUGAAGUUGUUAAAAAUGUAGACGGAGAUCAUACAGAGAAUUUGAAAUUACCUAAUUAAAUUUUGUUCUUUAUGCAAUAAAUAAUAAUCAGUUGUCUACAAAAAAUCGAAUAGACUUAUUUGCCAACCCAAUAGGUUUUCCUGAAUGAGGACAAGACCGUGCGUGUGAUCUUGCCGUGAAACAGGUAUGAGGAUGAGUCGUUAGACAUUCAUCUAGUCUAUAUCAAAAUCCGCUGAGAUUUUUUUUUAUGGCUGAUUUUUUUAAUCCUGCUAGGUAGGGAUUUAGGAAAAGUUCGUUGGUCACUUCGAGGGUAAAAUUUCGUUAGUGGCUGGAGGGAGAAAAGUAUUAUUGCAUCUGGAAAUUUAGAGGUGUAUCCUAACGAACGAUAGGUAUACAAUUUACAUAUGUCUAUUCGCUAGUCGUAAUUAAGAGUUAUGAUAUUCGGUACCAAAAUGAAAAAGGGGAUCAACGUACUAACACCAAUUAGUUCUUAGAGGCGGUCUAUCGCUACUACUGUUACUACUAUUGCUACUAUUAAUUAAUCAAGUGCUAUCAUCAGCCUAAGGUAUCGAUGAGAUACUCAGUCCUAUAAAUAAAUAAAAAAUUAUUUGUUUUGUGACAAAUUGAAGAAAUCCAGACUCUAAAUAUUCAUGCUAAUUAUCUUUAACGUAAGGCCAACGAACGUAGAACGGGUGUUUUUUCUUUCAAAGUGCAUCGCCACACUAUCAUUAAUUACUCUAAUUAGCAUAAUUUCCAAUGGCACGAUAGAUUUCAGAAAAUGGUUGGCACACAAACGUCAUUUUUCAUGUUCGAAAAAUUUUCUACUGAGAAAAUGAAACCUUGGGUUUUAGAUGAAGGCUUUUUUCUAUUUUCAGUUAAUAACCACUUGACUUUUGUGGUGCGGAUGCGUCUGGAAUGUAUGCGGUUCAUUGUGAAUAACUGUAACUUUUAAAAAAGUCACUAUAAUAGGAACAAAGCAUCAUAUCGAAUUAUAAAUAUAUUUAAAAUAUUAUAUCAGCCUAAUUGGGGUCUUGUCUCUACGAAUUUCGAGACUUUGCUGUGGCUGUCACUGUAUAUUAUAACACAGUUGCGAGAUACUAGACGCAUGUAUAAUUAAACUGUAUACUGUCACUAGUGUGGGUUGAAAAACGAAAAUUUUAGAAAUCAAAAAAUUCACUCGUGAAAAGUUAUUCGUUUGUUUGAAAUUGGAAAUCAAUUGAUCAAUAUGUUUUGGUUAAUGAAACAAAAAAUGUUGAAAUUUAUAGAUUUUUUUAAAAUCCUGCAUAGCGAGUUAAAAAUGAGUAAUUUCCUAAGGCUUCCAACUCUUAAUUUUUUUGCUUCGAAAGCUUUCAAUUGCAUUUGUGAAUUUCGACUCUUUCAAUUAAAAAAUUCUAAACAUUGUUAAGAUCCCGGGUUAAAGUUUUUCCAGAUUCCAGUUUGAAAAUUGUUUAAUUUGAAACGUGACGAUUUCAAUUAAUACUUUUUUCGAAGGCCAGUUUAAACCAUAAGAAACAAAUGAAACUUUUCACUGAGGAGACUUUGGUUCAAAAGAAUGUUUAUUUUUCGCUUGACUCUAUCCUGUAAAUUCGAGUAAUGGUUCUCAAGUAGAGACCAUUUAUUCAUCGAAUUUUUCGAGUACUUAACGAAAAAUGCCUUCUACGGUCCACAUACAUAAUACUAACGAUUAGUAGCUAGAUACCACCUGAGGGAUGAUUAUUAUUCGAAUGUGUGCUUGUAUUUUUGCUUAGAGAAAGCAAAACUACUUUAAUAAUUUAUGUAAACUGGAAAAAAUGUUUGUGAGAGAGAAAGAGAGAAGAAAAGUAAAAAACACAGUAUUGCCUUCCUGAGGACGAGAUUUCGGCGCGUCGAUCUUCUUUUUAAGUUCUAGAGCAAUAAAUUGGGGACAAUCACGAUUUUCGCGCCGAGGCCUCUCCUAAUUAGUUUUCGUAUUUCGUUGAGUUUUUCUAGCGAACCGACAAUCUUACCUUUUACGUUGGUUCGCUUUUUAAUACGAACAUUCUCUACGGCGCUGGCUACAAUAGGAUACGUUCCCGGACGCAUGACGCAACGAGUGCGCUUCAUCCGUGUGCUAACAUAAAAUGGAAAGUAGGCGUCGUGCAUCAGCGAACAUAUCCCAUUAUAGACAGGGCCUAGGGGUUAUUCACAAAAUACGUGAUAAGUUUAGGAAGAAGGGGGCUACCGAAAUAUCAUUUUCCAUUUUAAGACCAAUGAAAACAGUAUAACGCGGGGGGGAGGGGGCAGAAGUUCCUGAAAAAUGUACCACGUAUUUUAUGAAUGGCCUCCUAAUGAAUAAAUUCCCUAGCGGGUUGAUUGUUUUAUUCUUUCUCGCAUUUAUUCACAAUUUCUCAUAGAAGUCGACACUCUUUAUCUUUCUACACUGCUACAUGCGGUAAAAAAAUACUAAUUAAAAGCUGCGUGCGGCAACAUAAUGCACGAUAUGCACACGGGUUUCUGCACACAGCUUUUAAGUCUUAAUUUUUCGACGCAUGUGUAAAAAGAUAAAAAGAAUGACGACACAGUGAACCCCAGGAAUACAUUAUAUCUUUAAAUAGGAUAAAAACGCUGCAACAUGUUUAUCUGAUACGAAAGAUAAAAUUUAUCUGACGAAAUAUGAAAUCUAUCUAACGAAAGAUGAAAUUUAUUAUACGUAAAUAUUUAUUUGACAUAUGCGAUAUAUCAAACGGCUGCGUCUAGUUUCAAACACAAAAGCAAAAAAUAUCUCCGUAAACUAACCAAAUUCAGCCUAUCUAUUUUGUAAGCCUAGGUGAAUAAUUUUUUAGUUAAUAUCAUUAGAAGAAUAUGAGACGAUUUAAAAAAUAAAUACCGCGAGGAUUUUCGAAUUUAUGGAGGACAUUUUUUUGGUGAACCUAGACACAGCCGUUUGACACGUCACAUAAGUCAAAUAAAUCUUUGCGACAGAUAAAUUUUAUCUUUGGUCAGAUAAAUCUUAUCUUUCGUCGGAUAAAUUUUAUCUCGCGUCAGAUGAACGUACUGCAGCAUUUUUAUAAAAUGUAAAGAUAAAAUUUAUUCCUGGGGUUUACUGUGGAGUACUAUGUGAAAUUGUAAACAAAUGUAAAGAAGGAUGAGUAUAUGUCCUAGAGCUAUAACUGAACAAAAUGGCCAAGGGCGUUCCGUUCUCUGGGCACGCUGGGGUUCACCUCGUCCUUCUGAACUCCUAUUUAAAAGAAAAGAAAUUCCUUCUAGAUCUGAAGCAUCUUUGUAAUUUAAACUGUGCUUUAGAUUAUUCGAAAGUGAAAUUAAUUUUCUUUCCCUUCGGGUCUCUGGUGCCUUUUGCUAAUUUUGCAACGCAUCCAAUCUGAAUUUCUUUAUUCAUUUUAGUGUCGGUUGUUUUAUUGAUGAGAAAGGGCAAACUUCAGCCGACCGAAUCCAUAUGAAAACAGAGAAAUGGGUGUUUUUUAGAGGACAUUAGAGGACAUUAGAAGACACGUGUUUUUUCAAAUCAAACAAAAAAUUCCAUGAAAUUACUAGUAUAUGAAUUUUGACGUCUAUUUGAAAAAAUGAAAAUUUUUUCUUUAAAAUGCUAUAUUUGUGGAUCUAAAUCAGAAGCUUCAAUUUUCUUUUUAGAUUCUGUCGGAGUCUACUGCCCUCUUCUAAAAUCUUUCGAAAAAUUUUCAUAUUACAAUAGAAGAUACAAAUUGUUUGGAAAGAGUCUUAUGGUCUCUCAAUAAAAAAAACAUAAAAGUUUGCAAAUCUAGAAAAUUUUUCCGAAAAAUUCCUCCUGCUCUUUUGCGAUAUCUUGGUUCUUUUAGAAGAAACAUUUUUUAAUAAUUUUGCAGAGAAAAUAAUUCUCCCGACUACAAAAAUGAUUUAGCCCACAUAAAAUUGCAAAAAAUAAAAAAGUUAGUAGUUCCGCAAACUGCAAAAGGAAUUUUUUGAGAACUUUUCUAUAUGUGUAACCUUUUAUCUUAUUUUUUUUUAUCUUUGGUUUUUUCUGAGAAAAAUGCAAAAAUUCGAUUUUAAGAAAAUCUCCGAAAAAUUUAAAAAAGGAUGUCAAACCCCACGAAAAUCUUAUAUGAAAAUUGGAACAUCUUAAUUAAGUAAAAAUCUAAGAGUUUUAAAAAAUGUUGUGCAUUUUCCAAAAAUAAAGGUCAAAAAUCAAAGAUUUGUUACCCACGUUUAAUUUCUUUCUUUUUUCAAAUCGAAAAAUAUGUGUCAUCUAAUUUUCUCUAAAGAACAACAUAUUUCGUCACUAAGAGAUUCUGCGAUUUGAAGUGUAAAACGUGCCUGAUUUAAAAUGGAUUCGGACAGUGGAUACAUGAAACUUGGUUAACUGGACGAGAAAGUCAAAUUUUAAUUGAAUAUUAGAGCUUUUAAAUACACAGAAUCACCUAAAUUUGAACUAGUUCACAAGAUUGUAAUGAAAAAUUUAUUCAAUUCCGAAAUUGCAAAAAUUUAAAUUGGUCAGUUCCUAAUGAUUCACUCUUUAAAUUCCUAGUUUCUGAUGACUGAAAAACAUAUUUUUUCUAUGGUUUUAAGAAUUCA